AUGUCAUCAACGUCAAAAGCAUUGCUGGACGAACCACAGAUGCCAGAAACAUCAGCUAUUAAAGUUUCUCAGCCAAAAAAAAAUGUGUACCAUGUUUGUUUUAAUCGGCCGAAAUUCAAGAACGCAGUUAACGAUGAAAUUUGGAGAGAACUUCGGCUGAUAUUCGAUUACUUGAGCGUUUGUCCGGACUGUCGCUCUAUUGUUUUGAGUGGAUCUGAAAAUGCAUUCUGCUCAGGUCUUGAUGUGAAAACUACUCUGCCUCAGCUUCUUGGAGUGACUGAAGACAGUAAUUUAGAUAUUGGUCGUAAAGCACUGAUUUUACGUCGUUUAAUCAAACAAUGUCAAGAAAGUAUCUCAUCGAUUGAGAACUGUCAGAAACCAGUCAUUGCUGCAAUUUGUGGUCCGUGUGUCGGUGCUGGAAUUAGCAUAGCAUCUGCAACUGAUAUACGCUACGCAUCUGAUGAUGCUGUAUUUUCGGUUAAGGAAGUUGAUUUGGGAAUCACAGCAGAUGUCGGAUUUCUGAACCGCAUUAACAAAUUAGUCGGUAACGAUAGCGUAGUUAGAGAAUGGACUUAUACUGGACGACAGUUCGACAGUGCUGAAGCACUACUAUUUGGCUUUGUUUCAAAGGUGAUAUCACGUGCAAGUUGUUUGGAUGAAUCCUUGAAUUUAGCUGCUACAAUCGCUGAAAAAAGUCCGACUACUGUAAUUGGUGCAAAACUUUUGCUUAACAUUGCUCGUGAUCAUACAGUCACUGAUUCCUUGGAGUUCAUUAAAUCAUGGAAUCAAGCUUUUCUGCAAUCCGAUGAUUUAAAACAAGCAGCUGCGGCUAUGUUGUCAAGAACGAAACCGAAAUUUAGAGACUUACAAUAG